UUACGAAGAUCGAUGCUUGGACUUAUAAGUUAUGAUCACCGUUGACCUAAUUGAGAGUGAAAGAAAGAAACGCACUUUGAGAAAUGUAAUAUAAAAUGUAUGCCAAUAAAAUAUUGAGCUGAAACUAAAAUUUGAAGCUAAAAGAGACGAGCGUGCUGGUCGUAAAUGAUGUCGUUCUUCACGAGGAAGAGCUUAAAACCAGUGUAUAACGUACACUACCACAUCUCACUUUUCUGUAACUCAAGGAGAGAGACAAGAAGACUGGAUGCCAAUUUAUCUUUCUUCUCAUCAUCUCAAGAUGGAUGAAGAACUGUGUUUCUUCAACCAGGAUACACUUGUCAUUAAGGCUCCUAAGAAAACUCCACUAAUAUUGAGGAUGGUGGUAUUACUUUUUACAAUGGCUUGUGGUGUUUAUAUUUGCUUAGUCUGCUUGAAGCAAAUAAACCCUAACAAAACGAUGAUCAAGUUCUUAAACAUCAAGGUGAUUGACUACGACAACGAAUCAUGCCCUGAUCCUCAUCUUGAGCAAUGGGAAAUCCCCUAUGUGCAUUACCCAAAACCUCGAACAUUUGAGAGGAAUGAAUGCGCCUGCAAUCCGGUACGCUACUUUGCAAUAUUGUCAAUGCAGAGAUCAGGGAGUGGAUGGUUUGAGACAUUGUUGAAUAAUCACACUAAUGUAAGUUCUAACGGAGAAAUCUUUUCCAUCCCGGAUAGGAGACGUAAUGUUUCUUCAAUUUUGAAGAACAUGGAUAAAGUAUACAAUCUCGAUUGGUUUAGUAGUGCUUCCAGAAAUGAGUGUUCUGCAGCUGUUGGAUUCAAAUGGAUGCUUAAUCAGGGUUUGAUGGAGAACCAUGAAGAGAUAGUGAAGUACUUCAAGAAAAGAGGCGUGUCUGCAAUAUUCCUCUUCCGAAGGAACUUACUCCGCAGAAUGAUUUCUGUACAUGCAAAUUCUUAUGAUAAAGAAGCUAAGCAACUCAAUGGCACUCACAAGUCCCAUGUGCAUUCUCCAUUGGAAGCUCAAAUACUUGCAAAGUACAAACCCAAGCUUAAUGCCACAUUACUAAUCCCAGAGCUGAAGCAAGACGAGGAGACAGCUGCGAAAGCUACACAGUAUUUCAAGACCACUCGUCACAUUGUUCUUUACUACGAGGACGUGAUCAAUAACCGCACUAAACUCAAUGAAGUUCAAAAGUUCCUUGGGUUGCCUUAUCGAGAGCUCAAGAGCCGUCAAGUUAAGAUACAUACAACACCGUUGUCGAACCAAAUCGAGAACUGGGAAGAUGUUCAGAAGACACUCAAAGGAACAUCAUACGAAAGCUUCCUCGCAGACUACCAAGUUUCUUCUUUAGCACUACUUUGACAGUGUGAGGAUGUAUAUAACCUGACCACUAUCGGUUCAUAAUCAACUUAUUAUUUGGUUAGAAGGUUAGAAUUAGAUUUUGGCAAAAUCACUGUCUGAGCUUUUCAAGUUCAUCUAUUGUUUUGAAUCAAUUGUAUCAAUCCCCUGCUUCUUAGCCAGUUCACCUGCUUUCUGUAAAUUUAGUAGAACAAGAGAAAUUUUGUACAUUCAACAUCUUUGAGGA